AGGUUAGGUUGGUGUUCUUCCCCAUUCAUUGUUGUUCCUCCACUGCUUCCGCCUCCUCCCCCCCACCGACUUACCCUCGUCGGCGUUCUCCGACCGUCUCGCCAGCAAAAAGCUUCUACCCUUGCGCUGGUCGCAGUCAAAAUGAUGAAAAUAAAGACCCCGAAGAAAGGGAAGAUCAAGCGGGCGCUUGAGAAGCGAGCCCCCAAGCUCGUCGAGACGGGGAAGAAGACGCUGAUACUGCAAGGCACGAAGACCAGCGGGGUGUUGAACUCUGUGCUGACUGAAAUCUAUCACCUGAAGAAGGAUAGUGCGGUGAGGUACACGCGCAAGAAUGACAACAUCAGGCCCUUCGAGAACGGCGGCGUGACCUCCCUGGAGUUCUUCUCUCAAAAGACGGACUGCAGCAUCUUUGUGUUUGGCUCUCACACGAAGAAGCGGCCCAAUAAUCUCGUCAUAGGGCGCAUGUAUGACUAUCAUAUUUAUGAUCUUGUCGAGGUCGGAGUAGAGAAUUUCAAGUCUAUGGAAUCGUUCAGCUACGACAAGAAAAUAGCUCCCAUAAUUGGUUCAAAACCAUUUAUUGUUUUUGUCGGAGAAGGGUUUGAGAACGUGGAAGAACUGAAGCAUUUGAAGGAAGUCUUGCUUGAUUUGCUCCGUGGAGAGGUCGUGGAGAACUUAAAUCUUGCUGGAAUAGACCGAGCCUAUGUUUGCACAGCUGUGUCCUCAAAUCGGGUUUUCUUUACACAUUGCGCCUUGAGGCUUAAAAAAUCAGGCACUGUCAUUCCAAGGAUGGAGCUAGUAGAAGUCGGGCCUUCCAUGGACUUGGUGAUAAGAAGGCAUAGCCUUCCUAAUGACAGUCUGAGGAAAGAAGCCAUGAAAACGAGCAUCGAUAAGCCUAAAAAGAAGGAGAAGAAUGUUAGUAAGGAUGCAAUUCAAGGGAAGAUUGGAAAGAUCUAUGUUCCUGAUCAGAAGAUGGGAGAUAUGAAUUUGCCUAAUGAAGCGAAAGGAGUGAAGAGAGAGCGCCGUGAAGCUAAAUUGAAUAGGGACAGGAAUGGACCAGCAGCGAAGAAACAGAAGGAAAAUUCUGAAUAGCCUAUAUUUACUUCCAGGCCGAUGUCUUGUUCUCUGCUGUCUCAAAUUUUGGCCCUUCCCUAGUUUUGUUGACUGAAUUAAUUCCAAUAGAGGAAUCUACAUUACUCUGUACCAUGAUAUCUUUUUGGAUAACAAAAGUUCAGUUCAGUUGCUCCAGUGAUAUGCAACUUA